UACCGAGCAACUUCAGCCGCGCCUCUCCAUCCACCUCCGACCUCCAACAUCGACAUCGCUGCAACACAGCACUCAGUGCUGUCGGCAACACACCCAACAAUGCCAUGAAGUAGCCAAUGCCUCUCGGCUCUGCCGAGAUUAGCUUCACUCUGAAUGGCACGAUGCCACGGUGCAUGUCAGCUGGACUUUGCCAUACCCGCCUGAGCUCCACGCGCUCCGCACUCAGUAUCAGCAGCCGCAAGCAGACGCAGACAUGACCAGGCCCGUUGCUAUUACAGUCGCAGUGACCCGAACCCGCGAGUUCACCGAGUCGCGUGCAGGCCUCACUCAUACCGCGUUCGCACAUCCUUUUGUUAUUACCCUUUCACCGCGCCCAAACAAUCGGAUCCACUACCACCGACAUGGCCACCGACACCAUGACAGAGGAGUUCCGAAUCUACCUCCAGUCUCGCAUUGAGGACAACAGGAAUGCGCGCCGUGCCAAAUGCAGCACCCAGCAUGACUGCCGUCUGCACUGAGCUUGGGGAAAAAGCAAGGCUACAAAUGGCAGACAACUGCAGUGAGGGCAUGGCCACCCAAAUCACUGGUGCGCUGCAGCAAGCAGGCAACCGCCAGGUUAGUGGAGAGCAGGCACGGUGCCACUGGUUCUGCCGUGGCGAAGACCGAGAAGAAGCAGCGCAUGAAGGCGAAAUCUGAUCUUGAUCGAGGCAUAUAUGUCUCAAUAAACUCGAGUUCCUCAACUCAGGCUCGACCUUCCCUUGGUCUGCUUUCUUACACGCAUUUUGCGAGGUGUUAGCUGCCUCGACACCAUGUGUUCGUUCGGAACGUUGACCUGACGGUCAGCAGUGGUCGACGACAACGCGAGGUCAGGAUAACAUUACAUGAUAUUUGGUUUGUUCGAUUACUUGGUCUUCAUGUACAGGAGCCACCAUCGUCCGGGAGGCGGUGCGUAAUGCUAAGCUCCUCGCUCCAUCUAGCGCUCUAUGUCUUCUCAUGCGGCAGUGUGCGCCGGCGCUGCCAGAUGGCGAUCCGAGAAGCCAUAUGUCGUAGAAGAGUACAAGAGCCGAGCUGAAGAGGAGAAGCGUCAGCACGCAAUCGCCCAUCCAGGCUAUCGGUAUCAGUCACGCAAGCCAUCUGAGAGGGGAAGCGCAUGACCAAGAACAAGUUGGCCAAGCUGGUCGCGAACUCCGGCAUCAUCAAUGCUACCAUGGAUGCGCGACGUGUUUUGGCCACGAAAGUAGGAAUACUUCAUUAAUUGAAACGUGCUCAUCAA